AUGGCCGCCCGGCCCAGCCCCGCCCCCUACCAUGCGGCGAGCACCACGUGUGCCGGCAAAAAGUAUCUAUCAGUAUCAGAGGCGAGGGCCAAGAUGGCGGCGCGGUGGGGAACGGGAGAGGAGACGCAAAUAAUCGGGGGGAUGGAGUUCUUCGCCGCCGGAGGCCGCCACCAGUGUGGUGGCCUGGAUGAAGAUGAGGCCUGUGAUGACCUCUCUGAACUCUCUCUGUCAUCCCUGGAUAAUGAAGGGCUACUGGGGACCUUCCAAGGAUACAUUGACCACUCCAUAAUUUCCAUCCUUGAUGAUAUUGGUGGCCAAGCUGAGAAUGAAGAUCUUCUUGACGAGGAGGAUGAAUUAACUCUCCUUACUGCUCUGACAGAGAUAUUGGACAAUACAGACGAUGAGAAUAUGUCCCCAUUUGACACACUUCCUGAUACGGACCUGCUGGUGCCAUCAAAGGUUCGCGAUUCUAGCUCUAUGGACGACCGCGGCUCUGGGCCAAACUGGGACCUUUUUCCAGACUGUAUUGGCUCUACAUCAAAAAGGCGCAAGAGGAGAAGAAGCGUAAGAGGAUGUUUACUUCGCAGAGAACGAAGAACAGAGCCGACCCGACAACGUAGUGAUGGAGAAGAUGAAGAGGUUCAAACUCCAGAGAAAAGCCCCGGCUUACUGGCCUUUGACAAAGAUUUUGCUAUUGAGACUGUAACGGAGAUCAGAGAACUGGAACGUGAGCGGUACCUGAAGCAGGGCACACCUUGUAUCGUUAAUAUAGAGAAUUUUACCCUUCACGACCUGGUGAAAUACAUGCACCCUUACUGCCUACCUGCUGUAACUGUGUGCGUAGACCCAGAUGAUGAUGAAAGCCUCUUGAGCGAUUCUGUGUUUCUUGAGAUAGUGUCUGAUCAGGGGGAAUGUAUAAAAGUACCUGUAGUUGUGGAACACCCAGGGGAUGACCUGAGCCCAAUGUCUUCAGAGGACAAUUGUCCUACACCCGACUCCCCUGGGGAAUUGCAUGUGAAAACCCAACUGUCACCUGAAUCCGCGUCCGAGCAGUGUGAUCCCGGACAUGAAACGAAUCGUGGAAAACCUCUGUCCAGUAUAGAGAUUACAGUGGAUUCCGUGAAGGUAAAGGAGUGUUUGAACAAGGAGUCCACAAUUGUGCCUGGUGUGGACGACAUAGCCACUAAACCUUUGACUACUGAUGGUACUGUUAAUUUAACUUUGGAUAAUAAAAGCAGCACUGAUGGCUGUAACCCAGACUUAGAGGGAUUGGCUCCAGAUUCUCAGAAGAUCGAUGACCCAGUGAUCUGUGUGCCACUUGCUGGCAAGGAAAGGCUACGACUGAAGAGAAAAAAAUCCAGCAAAGAUAAAAAAGUAAAAAAUAAACUAGAUAGUGAAGACAAAUCACAGGAUGCGCCGCAUACAGUAACACAGCAAAGCGCCAUCCAACCUGCCCCAAGCUGCUUAAGUAACCCUGCAAUGCAGGAGUCUGAUGUUUUAAUGAAAACAUUGGAGCAGGUGAAAAAGGAUUCCCAGAUGGAACUACGCACAUCGAGGGUGGGUCGUACCAAAUUGAGAACCCGAGCAAGCUUGGACAGUACCAACCCUGUGCGAAAAAUGACAGCUGAGGCCUGUAAAGACGUGUCUGCUUGUGUGGAAAAAGAGAAGCAAAAUUGUAUAAAAAGAGUUGCUGACGUGGACUAUGCAUUAGAGGAAAGUAACCUAAGACGUGAUGGAGAUCAGAGCUCAGGACCUGAUGUGGCUCCAGAAUCUGCUGUAAGUGAUGAUGCGCAGUUUGAAGAGGCGAGUGGCCAGGACAUGUUGGUUACUGCAGUACCUGAUGUCCAUUUAAAUGAGACUUCAAGUAUGGAGGAAUUGAAUCUCUCAAAAAGUGAAGAUGUCAAAGAUUGUGAUUCUACACAGUGUACCAAAGACACCAAGCCCAAGUCACUUAGCCUAAGUGAAUAUAGGAAGCGGUUUCAGCACCGCAAACCAAACCCUGAGCAAGAGAAUGACAAUGUGUCUUGUAGUAAAUGGCCAUCCAUUCCCGAGCCACCAACAGAGUUGGCAGAACUCCCCUGUUUGAUUGUACCAAUGAAAUUAAAUAAAACCUCAGUGGAGGGAAAACGAGCUGCCCCGAGUAAGGCUGAGGAAUGUACCUCUGAGCUUAAUGUUCCUGUAAGAUUGGGAUCUGUCGCACCAAAUGUGGCUCUAACGUCUGUAUACAGCCAGGAGGCUCCACAGCUGAAACCAACUGAAUCAGCCUGUACAAAUAUUGUAGACCUUAUUCCACCUCCUGUGGUAGCUUCCCAACCAAAUGUACCACCGCCUUUCUAUCCAUCCAACUGGCCACUUGUCCCUUCAUAUCCUGCAUUUUAUCCUGGCCUGCCACCUUUGCCAGUAGUGCCACAAUUUCCAAACUGCAUGCCACCUAUAAUACCCAUGCAACCACCUCCACCAGUGCUGGGUUGGCCUUCAUUUCCCCCACCACCUAUUGCGGUGGGGCCAGUGCAUCCUACUGGUUGGGUUUCUGAGCCGCCCCCACCUUACUGGUCAAACUCUCGAGUUAUCCCAAUGAUGCCUGAUUACAGAUGCAUGCAAAGCUCUGCUGAAAACCCUGCUCCCUUUAGUACUGCAAGUGUAAAUGUACUGCCUGCUGAGAAGAUGCCCAAAGUUACCCCUUUUCCAUCUGUAGAACACUGUAACCAGGAUAUUGUGCUUGUUAGGGAUAAAGCAAACCAAAUACCAUCGCAGAAGCCCGGGCGUAACGGGAUCAGUACAAAAAAAUCUAGAGAAACACUAGAAACUGUUGAGUAUACCAAAUCUACAUAUAAGGCAUCAUCCAAAGUUUGUCCACAAAUAUGUCCCAACCUUAAGUCUGAUUUACAGUCAUCACCUAGCAAAGCUGUUGAGAAAGUCCAGUCUAAACCUCCACUAGAGUCCAUCAAGGCAAAUGUUACUUCUAUUGACCAACAGUCUACAAACCAGACCGUCUUCAAAAUAAUGGAAAUCUUAAAAAAGGCUCAAAAGCUUGGCUAUCAGAUAAAGCCAUCAAUUGUGUCUUCUGUAACCGUGCCCAGUCCCCAUCUGGGAGCAGAGAAAUCUCCUCCUGUGUCUGCAUUAAAACCUGCUGAGCCUGAGCAGACUGUACUUGCUGGUGUCUGCACACAAGAAGUUCCUACACCUGUAGCCGCUAAGUCUUCCAUUGUUCCCAUGAUUAAACCAAAGGUUGAUGUCAACAUUCCAACCACUCAAUGUGACACUUCAAAGAUGGCAGUGGAAAGUAACCCUGUAACGGCAUGUAUCCUCCCUAACCAAAGCGCCCAAGAGCCUGCCCUACCUUCUCUUGCAGAAGAGGUCUGUCCAUCAGGGAAACGCGUCCAGGCCACUUUACCAGUAUCCAAUCACGGGGAACCGGAGAAAAGUUUCACUUGCGAGUCAGGUAUUGUGGCAUCAGACCUAAGCAGCUUUCUGGAACAGUUUGAAAAAUAUGAGGAAAAAGAUGAGAAAUGUCCCCCUCCCAGUCCUGAUAAAUUGGCUGUAGGCAUCUCUGGGUCUAGAAAACCUGUAGACGAGAAGAUACAUGAUAAACAUGCGGCACCUAAGCUGGCUAAUACAGCUGGUGUCGCCCCUCCCGCCGCUCCAUCACGCCCUGAUUGCAAGGCUGUUAUUUCUGGGCCCUUGCUGGGGAAAUCCAAGUCUUUGCAUGGUCUGGCGAGAAGCCACUCUUCACCCUUGAAGACCACAAAGCUCAUUGAGGCGAUACCGUUUCCACGGGGCAGACUGAGAAACCGGAAUGGGUCUGUCACACACGUGGCAUUGCCUCCUGUCCACGUGGCAUCGGGUGAACACGAUUACUGCUUCCUUUCUGCCUCCUGCCGUGAGCAGAGUCCAGUUACUGAUGGUAACGCUGCAACCACCGCAACACUGACCCCACCAGCUCAGUGCGAGGAAGGGUCUCGCUGGAAUGUCAAGCACCAUCAACAUAUUACAAUAAAGCCCAUUGUGCAGUUCAACACACAACAGAAGAAAUCCCCUCCAAAGCUGCCUGCAUCAAGUGCACCUUCAGUUGUCCCCAACCAAAGUACGGACUGUGGCUUGGUGAAGCCAGAAGCACCUUAUAAAAGUAUCCAAAAAGAUAGUAAUGCUCCUCUGGACCAUAGGAUACCUGCUACAGCAGAAUCGGCAGGAAACAGUCCACCGGGCUCAGUAUUAAGGUCCUCCGACCCCUUGCCUUAUCACAGUGACUGUGGAGAGAGUAGAACUGAUGUAAAAAGGGAGAACUCUGUGUCUCGGAGGUCUCUGCGCUGCUACAGGAAGUACACCAGAUCCCCCAGUCCCCAGCAAUCUACAGGGAGCGAGCGGUCAAGUCGUAGUUGUUCUGGUUCAUCCUCCUCCUCUUCUUCAACGUCUCGUUCAAGAUCCCCUCCAUCAAAGAGGAGAAGAACAUACAGACCUAGAAAUCGUCAUAGAUCACGGUCAUCCUCCAGGUCCAGUUAUAGUGAAAGUAGUUCAUCUAGAUCUUCCUCGCAUUCACGAUCACGUUCUUCAUCGUCCAGCCGAUCCAGGUCAUCUGAUUGUAAGAGGUACCGCAGCAGGAGGUUCCAAUCCCGGGACCGUUAUGACAGGCAGAAGAAUUCUCAUAAAGAGCGAGCUAUAAAGGAGAGGAGAGUUGUGUACAUCGGUAAGAUCAGCAGCCGGAUGACCAGGUCAAAGCUGAGCGAGCGAUUUUCUGCAUUCGGGAAUAUAGAAGACUGCACCAUUCACUUAAGAGAGAAGGGGGAUAACUACGGCUUUGUGACGUACAGCUGCACCGAGGAAGCCUUUGCUGCUAUAGAGAGUGGCCACAAGCUGCGCCUUCCCGGUGAGCUGGCCUUUGACCUCUGCUUUGGGGGAAGGAGACAGUUCUGUAAAAGUAAUUAUGCGGAUCUGGAUUCGAACCGCGAUGACUUUGACCCAGUGCCCGUUAGGAGGAAGCUUGAAACGCUAGACUUUGAAACAUUACUGAGAGAGGCGCAGAGAAGUCACCGGAGGUAACGCUACACCCGAGCUUCGGAUCAAAAUUUGCUUGAAAUUAUGUAUAUCCAAAUGAAUUUACCUCAAAACGCUGGCAAAGUUCCAGUAAAUACAACCAGGAGUCUCCCAGUAAUGGGGAAUAAUUGCUGAAUUAUUAUUUUUUUAACAAACCAGGAUAAGCCAAAAAAACCAAAAGGUUUAAAGACAUUUAGAAUUUUAUUUUUUUAAAUGACUCUCUUUCUAACCUAUAUAACUGCUCAUAAUGUACAUUCUAGAAUCCGCUGCACAGAUCUGAGGAGAAAAAUCACUGCAGGCCCAAAUAAAGUAUAUUGGAAAAAAAACUGCUUCCUCU